AUGGCAACAACACACAUCCAUCAUAUGCAACCCAGCGUGAUGAAGCCCUUUGACAAGUGUUAUUUGGGUCGAAAAGUUCUAUUUGGAUCAAGAAUCCAAACUUAUCAAAACCCAGUAUCAACCUUGAGGAGAAGAGUAUUUGUUUGUAGGGUCUGGGAUGCCCUAACAAGUGGUAACUCAAUUGUGAUGGCAAUUCACAAAGGAAUGCUUCUUUUUCGACAGGGCGAUGUGUUAGGGUCUUUAGUGGUGUUUGACAAGGCAAUUCAGCUUGAUCCUCGCCAGAAAGCAUAUCUUUGGCAAAGGGGGUUGUCUCUAUAUUAUCUUGAUAGGUAUGAGGAAGGUGAACAUCAAUUCCGUAUAGAUGUUACCCAAAACCCAAAUGAUACAGAGGAGUCAAUAUGGUGCUUUCUUUGUGAAGCUCAAUUGUAUGGAAUUCAUGAAGCAAGAAAAAGAUAUCUUGACGUUGGUAGAGAUCCAUAGCCAGUCAUGCGAGAAGCCUAUAACAUGUUUAAAGAUGGUGGUGAUUCAGAAAAGCUUGUUGUUGCAUUUCCAAGUGGACAGCCAAAUGAAUACUUCUAUGCUUCUCUAUAUGAUGGCUUGUACUAUGGAUCACAGAAUGAGCCAGAUGAAGCUACAGUUCAUUUAAUUGCUGCUUGUCAAUCGCCUUAUGGAUCAAAGAGUGAUUAUUACAUGGCUGCUCUUGCCAAGGUACAUUGCAAAUGUAGAAAUUGGAACAUCAACUAAGAGAAUACACUCAAGUUCCAUGAGACUGGUAACAUUCUAUUCCAAAAUGUUUCAAGAUAUCCCGAUACUUUAGCUUGAUACAAAUCACACAUCCAUUGAUAAUACCAGACCUUCACACAAUUAUAUGGUGAGCCAUUUUGUAACGGGUCAAUGACAUUUGGAAUUAUGAUGUAAUAUAACUUGUGUAAAAGUAGCUUAGCUAAAAGAAGAUCGACAGGUAUGUUGUGUUAUGCAAGAAUUCUGACCAGCCUAUGUCUGUUCUUAUUAUUUGUGGAUAUUCUUGUUAUUCCAUCUC